AUGUUGUUUUGCCAUCAAGCCGUCAAGCUGCUGGUCGCGGCAGUCAUCGCCGCCAUGGCAACGCCCAAAAUCCGACUAGGAUUGCUCAUCCUGAAACCGGUGGGCUACUACUGCGUCGAUUCCACCCCGAGUGAAACCCGUGGACCUGCGCAACGCUUUCGAUAG